CCACUGUGGGUUCAGGGUCGACCGCAAUGGCAAAAUUGACAGCCAGGAAGCGUAUAUAUUCAUAUUGGUUUUUUUCUCUGAUUAGAUAUGAGUGUUAGGCGUCUAUGAAGAAGAGUAUGUAUGAAACUUUUUUCGACAUUUUAAGUAUAAAAAUGGAACAGAGACAAAUAUUACAUCGUGUCUAAUGGGUCUUUUCAGCAAUUUAUGCUGAACAAUAUUUUAGGUCACUGUAGCGUUUAAAAUGAAGAAAAUCGUAUAGGCUGUUUAUAAUACUCAUGAUUGACUAAGACGUUUAAUCAUGGCGUCUGGAUCAAAUGGUCCACAAAAUGCGACAGAAGCUCCAGAGGAAGAUGCCGCCGAACUACAGUUUCCAAAGGAAUUUGAAAAUGCAGAAACCCUUUUAGUAUCAGAGGUGCAGAUGCUGUUGGAACACAGAAAGACCCAGAAUGAGAGUGCAGAGGAGGAACAGGAGCUGUCUGAGGUUUUCAUGAAAACACUGAACUAUACCAGUCGUUUCUCAAAAUUCAAAAACAGAGAGACCAUAUCUGCUAUCAGAAGUGUAUUAAUGCAGAAGAAAUUACACAAAUUUGAGUUGGCAGCCCUGGCAAACUUGUGUCCAGACAACGCUGAGGAGGCCAAGUCAUUGAUUCCCAGUCUGGAGGGAAGAUUUGAAGAUGAAGAACUUCAACAGUUACUUGAAGAUAUCAAAACCAAGAGAAGCUUCCAGUACUGAGAGUACGAAGAUAACUGACGACAUGGGGGCGGACAAGGCAGGACCUUCAGGGAAAGACAGCAAGACAAUUAAAUUAUCAUGUGAUUCACAUGUGUAUAUUUAAAGAUAUCUCAAUGUGUCAGACAUCUGUCCAAGUCACCGAUCACAUGUGUAUAUUUAAAGAUAUCUCAAUGUGACAUCUUCCCCAGUCACUGAGACUAAUAUUGGAUGAAGCAUCAAGUAUGUACAAGGACAUUGUAUUUUAGUACAUCAUAAUGGAAAAUUUGGCAGAUUUCUGGGGAAAUGGACAAUAUUACUAAUCAAGUAAUGAGUUCUUUAUUUUUAUGACCAUGAAUGUUGAAUUUUUUGGGGGUCUUUUAUCUUUCAUUCCAGUUCAGUCACAGUUUUUGUAGUUAUCAUUUGUGUUUAUUCAUGAUCAUUAAAAACAUGCUAAUUUA